GAUAGACAACGACAGAAUGAGAAUGGUGUAGUUUGUCACAGGUGGUAGUAGUAUUUUUUUUUUUUAGCCUCAACAAGUGUGUAGUAGAUCGUUUAGUUAUAAAGUUUAUUUGACUCACUGGAUUACUGUAAACAUUCGGAAUAAUUUUUCAAAUUUUGACAUCGAAAAUGAGAAUGUACUAUAACUCCACUGGGGUGCACAUGAUGCACAGCAACAAUGGCGCCCCUCCACAUAUGAGCAGCAAUGAUUACCUCAACUUGGACGACACACCGAUUCUGAUGCACGAUGACUCUGAGAGUAUGGAAAGGAUUCCAUUAACAUCUUCCCCAUCACUCUUCCAAAAAGCCAAAUGUUUCUUGCUUAGGACGCCUGCUCCCAGCAUCACGCCCGUUCAUGAUUCAGACUUUGGGAGAUCUCUUGGUAUUUUUGCUGGAGUAUUUGCCCCUGUUGCAUUGGGUCAAUUCGCUAGUCAUUUAUUCCUUCGAACCGGUUUUGUUGUUGGUCAAGCUGGUCUCUUGGAAACAUACUCUCAACUCAUUCUGGCCUACUUCAUAUUGAUUAUGACUGUCUUGUCCAUUUGUGCCAUUUCAACCAAUGGAGCAAUGGAAGGUGGCGGUGCUUACUAUAUGAUAAGCAGAGCCUUAGGUCCAGAGUUUGGUGGGAGUAUAGGAUUUCUAUUUUAUGUUGCGCAAGUGUUAUCGUGUGCCCUUUAUGUUGUUGGCUUUGUGGAAGGAGUUCUGGAAAAUUUUGGAGUCGGAGGAAGUUUUACAGGCAAUGAUCAUGGGCUGCCCAACGACACUGAUUGGUGGAAGUAUCUUUACUCCACGGUCUCUUUAUUUAUUUGUCUUAUCAUUUGUCUCAUUGGAGGUGCCAUGUUUGCCAGAACCUCUGCUGCUAUUUUACUGAUUGUUGUCGUGUGCACUUUAUCUGUGAUGAUCAGCAUAUUUGCCAAAAACUAUCGACUGCAGAUUGAUAUUCCCUUCAAUAAUCAGUAUAUUUAUCCGAACCAGUCAAACCUGAAUCAAAAUAAUACAAUUACAGGAAAUUAUACUGGCCUUAGUGCAACCACAUUCCGAGAGAAUCUGUUUAACAACUACACAGUUGAUUACAGUACAGACAGACAGAUGAACUAUGCCACAGUUUUUGCUAUUCUUUUCAGCAGUGUCACUGGAAUUCUCAAUGGGGCCAACAUGUCAGGAGAGCUGAGGGAUCCGUCCAAGGCUAUACCUAGAGGUACACUGUCAGCCGUCUGCUUCACAUUUUGUACAUAUUUCAUUCUGACCACAUUAAUCGCAGGAUCAUGCUCAAGAUUUCUUCUGAUCAAUGAUUAUGUUUUCCUGCAACAAGUCAAUCUUUGGAAACCAUUUGUUGUCAUUGGCAUUUUUGCUUCUACGCUGUCUGCAUCCCUGGGAAACUUGAUUGGAGGCUCUAGAAUUUUACAAGCUCUUGGAAAUGAUCAGUUGUUUUGGUCACUGUUGAAGCCAGCAACUAUCACAACAAAGAGUGGUAACCCACUGAUCAGUGUUUUUAUUACCUGGUUCCUGUCACAGAUUGUCCUACUCGUGGGGAAGUUAAACGCUAUUGCUCCCAUUGUCUCUGUAUUCUUCCUGUUGUCCUAUGCCUCAGUCAAUCUGGCAUGUUUGGCUUUAGAGUUGGCAUCAGCUCCAAAUUUCAGGCCAACGUUCAACUACUUUUCUUGGCACACCUGUACGCUUGGCAUCAUUGGCUGUAUGAUCAUGUGUUUCAUGAUCUCGCCCAUCUACACAAGUAUUUCAUUAGUCUUGAUGCUUAUCUUGGCCAUCAUUCUGCAUUUCCGCACUUUGCCAACCACCUGGGCAUCCAUUAGUCAGGCUCUCAUCUUUCACCAGGUUCGCAAAUACUUACUCAUACUUGAUCCUCGAAAAUCUCAUAUCAAGUUCUGGAGGCCACAAUUACUGUUGAUGGUGUCCAAUCCCAGGCAAAGUUGUGAGUUGAUGGACUUCUGCAAUGACAUCAAGAAAUCAGGUCUUUAUGUCAUUGGCCAUGUCAAAGUUGGGAAACUGGAUGACUACCCAACUGAUCCAGUGAUGGAGGAAACGCCCAAGUGGCUGCAGCUUAUCAACCACAUGAAGAUCAAAGCCUUUGUUGAGCUGACCCUUUCCAGCAGUGUGUCCGAGGGUUUCCAGCAGCUGGUAAGGUUAUCUGGCCUGGGUGGUAUGAAGGUCAACACCGUCUGCUUUGGAUUCUAUGACGACACCAUGCCGACAGAUUCUCUUCUCAAAACUAAAAUCAGAAAGAGAAAGUUGUUUGGAUCUAUUGAUAGCAGUCAGCAAGACUUUGAAUCUUAUUUUAAGCUACCUCGAUCAAAUGGGGAAAGGCAUCUUACAGUGAAUGAAUACAUUGGCCUUAUUCAGGAUGCCUUCAAACUUCAGAAGAGUGUCUUUUUAUGCCGCAAUUUCCAGCUGCUGAACAAGGAAAACAUUCUCAAGUCAAACGAGAAAUUGUUCAUUGAUGUCUGGCCCGUCAACUUUUUCCGCCCAGACACGGCAAGCUACUUUGACAACUCGUGUCUUUUCAUGCUGCAGCUGGCCUGUAUACUGACCAUGCAGAGUGGCUGGAAGAAGCACACCCAGCUACGGGUGUUCCUCUGUGUAAAUUCCCUGUCUGAGAACACAGGUAUCAAGGAGAAAAAACUGUCCACAUUCUUGAGACAGCUCAGAAUUCAAGCCAAAAUUGUGAUUGUGUCCUUUGAGCAUCUUCUCAGCCAUUUGACAGCCGAUGGAGAUCACUACUCUGCAGCAGCAGCGCCACAGUCAGAGGGAGAGCUGGACGAUGUCAAGAUGCAUGAGUUUGCCCAAGUACCUCAAGCUUAUCUAGAAGGUGUCAAUUCUCUGUUGCAGGCUAAUUUGAAUCAGUCAGCUGUAACCUUUAUGUACCUGCCACGCCCACCCAGCAGUGGACAAAACACCUACACUGCCUAUUUAGAACAGCUGAGUGCCAUCUCCAGUUGGUCUCACCCGACAGUCUUUGUCCACGGCCUUCAUCCUGUCACAUCGACAGCCUUGUAAAUAAAGGGAGCCUAUCAUCGGCCGUUGCAACUGAGUUCCGUUACUUAAUCUUUUUCAGUUUCUGCCACCUUAAAUUUUUUGUUCAUACCAUUCCAAAGUUUGUUCUAGAGCAUACUGAACAGAUUUUUUUAUUAACAUGACAUUUAGUAGAGGAAAGAAACUGAAAUAUAUAUAGACUAUUCAUUUGUGGUGCUGAUAGACUUUUCAUUUAUUUUGUUAGCAUUUAGUCUUACCAUCUCAAGAUAUUAAACACUGAUUUAUCCUCUGUAGUAUCCGAUUCUAGUUGUCUUAUUGUAAGUCAGUCUUAACUCUUUCUCUCCGGUAAUUAUUUACCACAUUCUGGUGGAAUCAACGCUGGUAUCGUCAGUUAGGAGAGAAAGAGUUAACACAUUGAGUUUAUAUGCAUUUUGCUUUUUUCUUUUCUUUUUUUUUUUUGCAUGCGCACAUACACACACACAGCAUUUCAUGUUUCAUCUUUUAAUAUUGCUUACUUUUUUUUUUUUUCUGCAAAUGUCAAUCGAUGGGGUCAAAUUAUUUCAAAACUUUUGUAUGUGAUGAAUAAGCUACAAUCCAAAAGUGUCACCAGCUGCAGAUGUGACCUUAUUCUAGACUAACUCCUGGAUGUCUUGAGAAAGUCAACGGAGUAAAGUUUAUAUACUGCCUCUUGACUGAAGCACAAUUUUAUGCAUGUAGAUUUAUCUCUUUCGAAGUGUAAUAGUGGCUAUCAACCCUAUGUGCCCAUUAUGGUAACCAAUUUUAUGUGCUUGCUGUGGCUACCAAUUUUAUGUUGAAAUAGAUAUUACCAAAAAUGUAACAGUGCAAGACAAUUUUUUUUUCUCACAAGCAAAUUUUUAGUUGAAACCAAAAUUACCUGAGAGUCAUACAUUAUAUUUUUAAAGACUACCCUGUUUCUUUCAUCAAAACUUUUUAUAUUUAAUCAAAUGUUACUUUUGUUUUUUGCAAAUAAUCAAUUUUGAAUAUGUACAUAUUUAAAUUUUCUUAAAAUAUUUAACAUUUUAUACAAUAACUGUUGAUGCAUUUUUUUUUUAUUGAAAAUGUUUUUCUUUACAAAAGAAGAAUUUCCAAGUUUGAUUUUAAACAUUUAACUACCGGUACUUUAAAGACCCCAAUUUUUUUUUGUUUUAUUUAAUAGUUGUAGUUUAUUUCAUAACAUUUUUAGGCAAAGAAAAUGUUUUUUUUUGUUUUUUUUAAGAAUUCUUCUUUUACUGUAAAUUGUUAUGCGAAUUGAGAAGUAAUUUGUGUAAUAUAAUUUUUAUUUUCUAUGCAAUAGAUUUUGAUUAAGUGUUGUUGAUUUUUUUUUAACCUUUUUGCAAGACUUAAUAACAAUUUCUUAAGGACCUUUGAGCACGAUUCAUUCUUUUUUUUUUACAUGUUUUGAAUAAUUUAAAGCAGUGUUUACCAGUGCUGGCCCCCCCCUAGACAGAAAUGUUUUGUUUUUUUUAGCCCCCCUUUCCUCCCCUGGUUUCUGUUGAAACGCUCUUGGCUCCCAUAUAGGUGUCCGAGAGGUUUUUAAGAACCUAAUGAAAUAGAAAAUAAACUUGAAGACUUAUAAUUGUAACAUAUAUAUCCUUAUAUGUUUGGAAUCUAGUGAUUUUUUUUUUACAGUUAUAGCGUUUUAAAGAUAAUUUUCUUUUAUGUUCUGUAUAAUAUAAAGAAAAUCCAUAUUUGAAGGCCACAGGUUCCCUCUCAAGUCAGCUAGGGGAUCUAGGGGGAAGUUUGAAAGCCAUACCAUUUCCUGCGUUCUGAAGCGUCAGCAAUGUAUUCUCCAUGCACCUACAACACACUUUUUUUCAUCAUAGUAAGAAGUUUCAAGUGAAGGUAAAAUGUGGUUUAAGGGGCCAAUAUGCAUGUUAACUCUUUCUCUCCGUAAUUAUUUACCACAUUCUGGUGGAAUCAACGCUGGUAUCGUCAGUUAGGAGAGAAAGAGUUAAAGUCUGAUUAAGAGGGAGGCAGCGCUGGCCUAUACUAUUAUUCGAGGGACAUACUUUCAACUGUAAUGGGCAUGAUCGUUGUAAGAUCAACUUGCUGCUAAACAAAUAUUUUCAUGCUGGCCAUUUUGUCACACUAAAGUGGUCAGCCUAAAGAUGAACGAGAGUCUGGAGAAAUUUGAUCUUUCUGACAUAAGAAUGUUCAGAAAAGCUAGCUAAGACAUUUUGAAAUGUUUUCUUCCAAAAACAUUUUGAGUUGAUAUUGUUCUAGGCUCCUUUGAUGAAAGCUAUAUUAAUUUUAAAAGGUGUAACUUAAUAAAUUUUAUUUUUUUGAAACAUUGGUUAUAAUGUCAUCUGUGUAAAAUACAAAUAUUUUUUUUCUCCCUUGAAAAAUAUAUUGACAGACUUCCUGCCCCCUUCUUGGCAAUACAUUGCGCCCCCUGCCAAACCAUUUGAGAACUGCUGUUUUAAGGUCAACUACACUUAACAGUAGUAAAAUCUGUGUUGAAAUGAAAAUGAAAUGAAAAUAUACUCAUUUGUUUAUUUUAUUUUCUAAUGUUUUCCAAUACUAUGUACAAAUGUUCUUCUUGGUUUCUUCAAGGAGUCCAAAUUCGGUUCCUAGACCUGGUGAUGGCAAAGAUUUUGUAAACACAGCUGUCAGACUGAUGUCUUAGAAUUUGUACACAUGACAGAGAUCAGUGAUGGUACCCUUUUAUGACUCCUCAACAUUAAAGAACUGGACACUUUGUCUAUACUGCUCAUACUUCUUCUCAGUGCCGAGCUUAAUUCUACUUAAACAUCACUAUGAAAGCAGAUAGCUGUCCGGUCAAUUGGAUUGCACUCAGGACUGUUAUCCUGAAGGUCCUGAGUUCAAACCCUGCAUUCCGCCGUGCUGCGGGUAGUUUGGGCUAGGAUGUAUGGGGUAAUAAUCUUCAAUGUUGAAGAAACAUCUGAAACAGAGAAAUUUGCUUGCCAUCACUAAGAUUUGUCAGGUGCACUGGGUGGGUGGGGGGCUCUUUUUUUUACCUUGUGAUAUUUUUUGUUUGAGUAAAUAAAAGAAUAUUGCUGUUGAAAUAUUUGUAACCAAAUCAUUCCACUCCAAAUUUUUCUUUCAUUUUUGUUUUCAAAUUAAGGUCAAAGUUUUAUGUUCCAUGUAUUUUACUGAAACAAAUGUAUAUAGCUAGCUUCAUUCUCAUGUUUUAUACAAUCUUUACUGUAUAAGAGUGUUAAAGUAUUAGUAAAUAAAACAUCUUUGUCAAGUGCCUUGAUAUCAGACCAAUGUAGGCCUAGAUGUAAACAUUGAAGAAAUUAUUGGAUUGAAAAUAUUCCCUUGUGGUGUUUUUAUUUUUUUAUCAUUCAGUGUCAUGUUUUUAUUUUGCUGUUAAUCCCUAUUUUAGUCUAACUAAAAUAAUAUUUUUACGAAGCUUAUAUCAACUUUGUCUGUCUGGUAAAAAGUUUGAACAUGUUAUUUCUCCCACACCUAAUCUAGGACCAAGCUGAAACUUUGCACUAUCAUGAUUCUUGUACCUGACAAAACAAGAAUCUAAUAAAAAAUUAACCAAUUAGUUAAUUAACUAUUGCUAAUUAAUUAUUUUGUUUGGUAAUGAACAAUGGAAAGAAAUAGUACUUGAUAGAUGUAUUGAUAUAAGCUGAAUGGGUCCUCUUGAGGAGGCUUGUGCCCCGAGUUCAAAUUGAAAUCUAAAAUUUUUUUUAUCAAUUUGUUAUCUAUUACAAAUUUAAUAACAUGAUUAAUACAAACUAAUUGAUACAAGCACACUUAAUAAAUAUAAGCUUUGUGUUUUUUUUAAA